AUGAGCGCAAAAAAUGGCACAGUGAAUCCAUUCGCCUCAGAUGCGUCUGAUGCCCAAGCUGGCUUAUUCAAAGGAAUCGGUGUAUCUUUAGCUGUUGCAAGCGGCAUCUUUAUUGGUAGCAGUUUUGUUUUCAAGAAAAAGGGACUAUUACAAUCCAUAAAUCAAUCAGGCGGUGUUCCUGGAGAAGGCUACACAUAUUUGAAAUCAACAAUGUGGUGGACCGGAAUGAUAUUAAUGAUCGUUGGAGAAUUAUGCAACUUCAUAGCAUAUGCAUUUACACAAGCUAUCCUUGUAACACCAUUAGGUGCUCUUAGCGUCGUCAUCAGUGCGAUACUGUCUUCCAUUUUUUUGAACGAAAAAUUAAGUUUUCAAGGAAAAGCUGGAUGUGCUCAAUGCAUUUUGGGAGCUAUUGUUAUCAUAUUGCAUGCACCCGAACAAGGUUCAGCAGAUACAAAGAUUGAAGCGUUCAAGCAAUUGGUUUUAUCUGUGGGAUUUCUUGUUUACGCCGGUCUAUCCAUCCUUAUAUCACUUAUACUUAUCUUUUAUUGUGGACCGAGAUGGGGCAAAAGGAAUAUGUUGAUCUAUAUCACUGUUUGUUCAUUGAUUGGUUCCAUUUCUGUCGUAUUUACUCAAGGUCUUGGAUCAGCCAUUGUUCAUUCGAUAACGACCCGAGAGAAUCAAUUCAAAAAUUGGUUUAUUUACCUCGUUUUGGGAGUAACAGUUGUGACACUGUUAGUAGAGAUUAUCUACUUAAACAAAGCACUGAAUUUAUUCAAUACAGCCUUGGUUACUCCAACGUACUAUGUUAUUUUCACAACAAUGACCAUUGUUAGCUCAACUGUGUUAUUCAGAGGCUUCGAUUCUACGCCCGUGAAUAUUGCAACGUGCGUCUUGGGCUUUUUGAGUAUUUGUUCAGGUGUGGCACUACUGCAUAAUUCAAGAAGCCAACCUAUGCCAGUCACUGUCAUUGAGAGCAAUAUAGCACAAGAUGAAAAGUCAUUCGCGGAUGAUACUGAAGGAUUACUGCUAGAUAAUGCGGAAGGAGGGCCGUCAGGAAAAAAAAGACAAAGAAGUUUAUUUAGGAUGUUUGAAGUACCAAAUCAAUCACAACAACUGAAAGAGAACGAUAACAUUUCAACAGCUUUUCAUCCUCCUCCUUUCACUAUUCAACGAUACAUCAGUCUUUCUUCUACAAAGAGUAGAAGAAGACAGUCAAUGUUAGCAACUGACGAACCACAAUCAGAGGUAGCUGCUGUAAAGUCAGAUAAAAGAUCACCUCAACAUGCAAAUACAAUUGCGGUGGCCAUGUCUAUAGUAAACGAUGGCAUUAAGUUAACAGCAGAGGAAUUCCAAUGCGUACUCAGUGGUAAACUUACUGAUGGGCAACAGCAGCAUCACAACGAGAAGUUGAAACCACAACUGGUGGUAUCUCCGGUAGAUAAAAAAGAAGACGGUAGAUCUGAACGAAGCAGUAACUGA